AUGCAUCAUUCAGAAGUUGUGCCAUCAACUGUGGUCCACGAUCUGAGACAAGGGUUGACUGUACAUGGUCCCUCUGGUCCUCUGGUUGCUCCUCUGGAAUCUUCGUUGGUUUUGCCCUGUUAUGUUGAUGAACUUUUACCAAUGGAGGGUCUUGAGGUGGAAUGGAAAAGAACAGACUCAGAGACUCUGGUUCAUCUGUUUCUGGAGGGUGAGAGUCGACCAGAGGCCCAGCAGCAGGAUUAUCAGGAUAGAGCUCAUUUCUUUACUGAUCAGAUUAAAAAUGGAAACUUCUCCCUUCGUCUGAACAAUCUGAGAGCUGAAGAUGAGGGGCGAUACACAUGUACAGUUCACAGUCAGCACGAUUCUGGUGAGACUGUGGUUCAAAUAAAAGAUGUUGAGCGUUUGCUAGUAUCAGGAUCGAGUCACUCCAUAUCUGUGUCUGUGGGUGAAGAUGUCACACUGAACUGCUCUGUAGACUCUCACAUCCCACCUGAACAUUUUGAAGAGGUUUCAUGGAGGAAAACAGAUGAAGAUAUUCUGGUUCUGUUCUAUCAAAAGAAUAAGACUUUUCCAGAUUCAUCAGAUGAUAGGUACAUAGACAGAGUUGAGUUCUUCACUGCUGAAAUUCCUAAAGGAAACUUCUCUCUCAGACUGAAGAGUGUCAGAACUGAGGAUAAAGGAGUUUACAUGUGUCAAGUGUUUGCUGGAGGACUUUCAGCUAAUGCAACUGGAGUACUGAAUCGGAUGGGUCUUUCUGUUUCCCACAUAAUGGUGCUGAUUUUCUGUAUUACUGCAUCUGGAUCUGCACUUCUGCUCUGGUGGCUGAUCUACUGCAGAUCUAAAUUUUUCACAGACCCAAUUGCAACCAGACAUGUCAGGACUCUUGGGGUUCUUCAUGCAUUUCUUCCAAAUAUUAUGAUGUUUGUGGCUUUUGUCCUCUGGGGUGUUACAGAAGGAUUUCUGUAUGAGACCGUCUCUUGCUGUGCUCUAUAUAUCCAGAGGCCUCUGAUGUUGAUUUAUGUUGCACCAUAUUUAGAACACAUGUCAGAUUUAGCUCUUCAGUCUGAAUAUUUCCUGGAAAUAGUGGUUUAUUCUUCAGUUCUUUUCAGCAAAGCCUUGGGAACAAUGGUGCAUUAUAAUGUCUCUGAUAAAAUCAUGAUGAUCAUUAUAUUUGGAAUCAUGAUUUUGCUCUGUGUCAUCUACUUCAUUUACUCUCUACAGAUGUCUGCUAUCGAGGUGCCCCAUGCCAAAGCCCAGGAGGAAGCCACAGCUCUUGUAGAGUGUGCUCUCACUCCAAGGGGGCACGAGGCUCCUCCUUCAAGGUCGUCAGGACCAAGAGGAGAUCCCAAGAGGGUACCAGGUGGGGGCGCAGAGGAUUCAGCCUCCUUGCACCCCUAA